CGUCGUCGCGCUCUCGUCCUUCGCCGCCCUUGCGAUUUAGGGUUUUCUGAGAGAGAGAGAGAGAGAGAUAUAGUGUGUGUUAGGAUUGAGAUCGUUCGAUUAACAUGGGAGGCGGCAAUGGUCAGAAAGCGAAGAUGGCUCGCGAGAAGAACAUGGAGAAAAUGAAAGCUGCUGGUAAAGGAAGUCAGCUGGAUUCGAAUAAGAAGGCCAUGACUAUCCAGUGCAAGGUGUGUAUGCAGACAUUCAUUUGCACUACAUCGGAGGUGAAAUGCAGGGAGCAUGCAGAAGCCAAGCAUCCAAAAUCCGAUUUCUAUACUUGUUUCCCUCAUCUUAAGAAGUGAAUGGAAUUAGGGGAGAAGAAUCUUGUGGAGUUUGGGCUAUCAUCUUUACUCUAGAGUGUAUUAAGCUUUUAUUGUGAUUCCCUCUUCUGGAAUUGUGUUGGACUCAUUAUUAAAUAUGGGUGUGUUGUAUGCAUACAAGAAGACUUAUUUACUACUUAGAAUGCUAUGAUUGGUGGUUGUCAAAAAUGUGAAACCAUGUGUUAAGUGAAAUUGUAUCAUAUGAAAAUACGUUUUAUUAUGUUGACA